AUGCCGAAUUAUGGAAAGUUCAUCAAGGACAUCUUAAGCAAAAAGAGACGUUUGGAAGAUACAGAGAUGGUGGAAUUGACGGAGGAGUGUAGCGCGGUAAUACAAAGUCAACUACCACCUAAGCGAAAGGAUCCAGGGAGGUCUUCUAUACCUUGCACCAUUGGCACUAUUUCUUUUCAAAGAGCAUUGUGUGAUUUAGGUUCUAGUAUUAAUUUAAUGCUUUUGUCUGUAGCUAAAAGAAUUGGUUUGGGGGAAAUUAAGAAAACUAAUAUUUCCUUGCAGAUGGCAGAUAGAUCACUUACAUAUCCUCACAGCAUUCUUGAAGAUGUACUAGUGAAUGUGGAUAAAUUCAUAUUCCCAGCUGAUUUCAUAGUUUUGGAUAUGGAAGAAGAUGUCGACACUUCAAUUAUUUUAGGCCACCCAUUUCUCAUUACGGGAAGAAUGAUAAUUGACGUAGAAAAAGGUUCUUUGAUCCUACGAGAUGCUGAUCAAAAGGUGGAAUUCAAAGUUUUUUAUGCAACCAAGUAUCCCAUUGAUUCGGAGUAUUGUUUCCGUUUAGAAGCAGUAGAUCAUGUUGUUCGACCACAAUUCAUGGCAGACUACCCAAAAGAUCCACUAAAAGAAAGUUUGGUUCAUCCCUAUUAUUGUUUUCUAGAUGGCUAUUCGGGAUACAAUCAAAUCCCCAUAGCGCCAGAAGACCAAGAAAAGACGACAUUCGCAUGCCCCUUUGGUACCUUUUCCUAUAGAAGAAUGCCAUUCGGUUUGUGCAAUGCCCCCGCUACUUUUCAACGUUGCAUGAUGAGUAUAUUCUCUGAUAUGGUGGAGCGCUUUAUUGAAGUAUUUAUGGAUGAUUUCUCUGUUUUUGGGUCAUCAUUCGAUUCUUGUCUCUCAAAUUUAGCCUUGGUUCGACAACGUUGUGAAGAAACUAAUUUGGUUUUGAAUUGGGAAAAAUGCCAUUUUAUGGUAAAAGAAGGAAUAGUCCUGGGCACAAGAUUUCAGCCAAAGGGAUUGAGGUUGACAAAGCCAAGAUUGAUACUAUUGCCAAUUUGCCACCACCUACCUCCGUGA